AAAUUAACAAUAACGACGACGAAACGUGUGUCGUUUUCUAAAAGGAGAAUCCACCUGACUGCUUCGCUUUAGCAACCAGUUCGAGAGCCAACCUCUUCUUCUCUCUCGCGUUUUUGCUCCCGAUUUUGACAACAGACUCAAAGCUUUGAUUUUAAAGAAAUUAUCAAACACGAUGCCGUCUCUGCAAACUGCGUUGCCUCCUGAACUUGCCAAUAACGCCAUAAGGCUUUACCGUGAGUGCCUUCGAAGAGCUAAAUAUAUUGGUCAUCAGCAACAUAACACGGCGCUGCUUGUUGAUAUGGUCAGACAGCAAUUUAGAAAGCACAUGCAUGAGAAAGAUCCUGAGAAAAUUCAGAAGAUGAAGGAUGAUGCUGCAAGAGGACUCAUAAACCAUAUACUUUAUGAGUCUGAGAAGUUGUCUGGCCGUAAAUUCAGCAAGGGCAGUUGAUUUUUGUUAGAAUCUUUUGAUCUGAGAUUGCAGCUGCUGUAUUAGAUUAAGUUUUGCCUGCCAUUAUGUCAAAAAGAAUGAGACUUCAAUAUUGUUAUCAGUAUCUGCCUUGUGACUAUCAUCUUUGUGAUGUUCAAGCUUCGUAUGCUAGAUGGAAUUAUCAUCUUGGGAUAAUCAAAUGCUGAGUUCUGUAUGUUGUUUUCUUCAAUAUCAUGUAAUGACACUGAUGCUGCUGCAUAAUAACAGAGUGAAGAGGUGAGCAGAGUCGAUUGCAAAAUAAAUAUAUGCAUACUCACUGUCUGUCUGUAUUGAGAAACACUGAAAAUGAUUGCAAUUCUUUCACCUAGGGACUGAUAUUAAUGCAAAAGAGGGACCAUUUUUCCCCUUUUCUUUUUUUC